GGGACGGAGGGAGUAACAAAAUACCCUUUCCGUCCCCAGAAAUACCUUAUUUUCUUUUUGGAAUGUCUCAAAAAAAGUCGCUUCUUUCCUUUUUUUUAUUGGAGAAUUUUGAGUGGCUCACAAUAUUUUUCUCUCAUGUGCAUCACUUUCAACCGUGUAUUUUCAAUUUUUCUUAAACUUUGUGCCAAGUCAAACCAAAAGCCUUUUUUUGAGACAUACGGAGUAUGAUUUAGACUAAUUAUUCUAGAAAAACAUGCACUCGUUUUAUAAUUUGAAAUUAUUUAACCUUAAUUUCAGAUUUCAUUGUUAUUGACGAUAUCAUCAAUUUUAGCAAAAAAAGCUAAAUAGUCUUAUAAUGUGAUUAAAAUAGUGCUCUUGACUGGUUGGGCCAAUUUGAAUGCAUGGGGGGUUUAUUUGAAAAGGAAAUGAUUGGAACUUUAUUGAAUGGGGCACAAUGUUGAAAUUGGGGGAUCAUUUUGUUGUGUUAUCGUUAUUUUGAUGAGGAAUACUCGUACUUGGUGUUUUCUUAUCAUUGAGAAUCUAGACAUUAGUCCAUAGGAAGGUGUUUUGGCAAUGCUUAGGGUCCAAAAAAUGCAUCUAGUGUAUUAGAGUGAUAAAGUUAGUAUAUGAUGGAGCCAAGACUAGUGAGGUUGGUGUUAUGUGGCUCAAUUCCUCUUACGGUUGGGAUAGAGAUUGAGCCAGUUCAAUCUUUUUCUAAUUUUUAUUGUAGUUGGUUGCAUUAAUGGUCAAUGUCUUUCUAUUUGUUGUGUUGAUAUAUAAAUUGUAGGAUAUCCUUGGAGAUAUACCUUGGUGGAUGUACUUGCUAAUGUUGGUUUUAAAGAUUGCCUAAAUAAAUGAGCAUCACAUUAGAAGUUUGGAAGUAAAAUUAGGUGUCUAAUGAUUAAGAAUGAAUGGAACUAGGAGAGGAAGAGAUACUACCUUGAACAUGUCAUUUGAGAUUGUGGAGAGAGUAGCAAACCAAGGCUAACAAGAUUAUUUAGAUAGCACAUAUCAUAGUGGUUGGAUGGAAUGAAAGUUGCGUGCUGAAGGAACAUGUCACAUAGAUUGGAACUUAAGUUUUAGGCCACUUGUGCAGUAUGUGAUAGUGUUGGACUGCUAAGAGCCUCCACGUGCAAAUGUUUGCAGGAGUGACCAAACAAUGUGAUGUUAGGUUCCAUGCUGGAUAAGAUGUAUGGUGUUGGAUUGAAGUGUUUUGAUAAAGAGUAAAAAUUGAGCACUAAUGUUAAUGAGAGGAGGUCAAAAAUAUAGAAUAUGAGGGUGAGGGCAUUUGAGAGGAGCCCUAAUUAGACAUGUACAAUACUUUUGUAGCUCACCAGUCAUAUUUAGCACAUGAUCGUAGAUUAGUCAUUGGUAGUCAAAGAUUAGAAUUGCUUGUACUUUGUUAGAUGUGAUUGUUUUGUGGGUAGGGAUUUCAACGGGUUGAUUUUGGAUCAAGUGAAACUUCACCUUCAUUCAUCCAUUCACUUUGUAUCCAUUGAUCAUCCACAAAUGAGUAGGAGAUGGUUGGAAUAUUUUCCAACGGUAGUGGGCUUGGCGGGGCUCUUGACGGUGGUGGGGUUUGUGUUGGUAGUGGGGAUGAGGGCGUUGGUGAGUCUAGCAGGAGUGGUGGGGGCUAGCAAAGAUGGUGGGGCUGGUAGUGGGAAGGGCAAGGGAGGAGAGGGUAAAUUAGAAAUUCAAAGGCCUAUUUUGUGAAGGGAGUAAUAUUUAUCAAAUACUCCUGUUUCAUACACUUCUCUUUUCUUUUUUUCUUUCCCACAAAGUCCUUCCCAUUUACAUUAAAAAGUCUUUUUGAUCUCUACUAAUUCUUAUCCUCUACCUAUCACAUAAUAUAUCCACACUCCUCUCUCUCUUCAAUUACACUUCCUCCCUCCCAUCGUACUCAUUCCCGAACACGUCACUGAGUUUAAAGCUCUAAACUCAAUACUAAAACAAUCACUCAUCUCUUAAUUCUUCAUCUUCCUCGUGGAACCUAAAAUUGAAACCAAUAAUCUUCAUAGAUGAGU